AUGCGAGGUCCUAAAGCUGGUGUCCGUUUACUUCUAGAAAAGUCCGAAUGUCUUAUUCUAGAAGCCCCGCUCGUGAAGAAGUACGAUAUAAUUCGGAGGGUCCGUAAGGCCCUGAUCGAAAUGUCUGUGUCCGGUCGUUUUGCUGCUAUACAUGCCCAGAACCUUGCAUCUGGCCCCCUGAAACCACGCCCAAUGGAUUUCUAG